AUGAAGUACGUUGUCGUUUCUGGUGGUGUUAUUUCCGGUAUUGGUAAGGGGGUUUUAGCCUCCUCUACUGGUUUGUUAUUUAAGACCUUGGGUUUACGCGUAACUUCGAUUAAAAUCGAUCCAUACAUGAACAUCGAUGCUGGUACUAUGUCUCCUUUGGAACAUGGUGAAUGUUUCGUUCUUAACGAUGGUGGUGAAGUCGAUUUGGAUCUUGGUAACUAUGAAAGAUAUCUUAAUAUUACCUUGACCAAAGACCAUAACAUUACUACUGGUAAAAUAUACUCUCAUGUUAUUGAAAGAGAAAGAAAGGGUGAUUACCUUGGUAAGACCGUUCAAGUUGUUCCACAUGUUACUGGUGCUAUUCAAGAUUGGAUUGAAAGAGUUUCAAAGAUUCCAGUUGAUGAUUCAGGUUUGGAACCAGAAGUUUGUAUUAUUGAAUUAGGUGGUACUGUUGGUGAUAUUGAAAGUGCUCCAUUUGUUGAAGCCUUGAGACAAUUCCAAUUCAGAGUCGGUUCUGAAAACUUUGCCUUGAUUCAUGUUUCUCUUGUUCCUGUUAUUCACGGUGAACAAAAGACUAAGCCAACUCAAGCUGCUAUUAAAGAUUUGAGAUCUCUUGGUUUGACUCCUGACAUGAUUGCUUGUAGAUGUCAAGAAGAAUUGGAAGUUGCCACUAUUGAAAAGAUCGGUAUGUUCUGUCAUGUUGGUCCUGACCAAGUUAUUGCCGUCCAUGAUGUCAACACCACUUACCACGUUCCAUUAUUGUUAAAGGAACAAAGAAUCAUGAAGUUCUUAUCCAAGAAGUUGCACCUUGACCCUGCCACUGUUUCUAAGGAAUCUAUUGCUAAGGGUGAUCACUUAUUGGCAAGAUGGAAGUCUUUGACUUCUAACUACGACAAAUCAUAUGAAACCGUUACCAUUGCUUUGGUUGGUAAGUACACUCACUUGAAGGAUUCUUACUUAUCUGUCAUUAAGGCUUUGGAACACUCUUCUAUGAAGUGUAACAGAAAGUUAAAGAUUGAAUGGGUUGAAUCUACUGAUUUGGAAGAAGAAGCUAAGGUUGCCAACUUGUCUGAAUACCACAAGGCAUGGCACCAUGUUUGCCAAGCAGAUGGUAUUUUAGUUCCAGGUGGUUUUGGUAGCCGUGGUAUUGAAGGUAUGGUUGCCGCCGCUAAGUAUGCUCGUGAAAAUGACGUUCCUUACUUGGGUGUCUGUCUUGGUUUACAAAUCGCUGUCAUUGAAUUUGUUAGAAAUGUUGUUGGUAUUAAGGGUUCUACUUCCAUGGAAUUUGACCCUAACGCUGAUGAAGAAACUGCUUCUGUUGUCUACAUGCCAGAUGUUGAUCAAGUUAAGUUGGGUGGUACCAUGAGAUUGGGUAUUCACGAAACUAAAUUCUGUGCUGGUUCUGAAGAUUCUACUUUAAGAAAGAUUUAUGGUGGUGCUGAUCAUGUUUCGGAAAGACACAGACAUAGAUAUGAAGUCAACCCUAAGUUGAUUUCUAGAAUCGAAAAGGAAGGCUUACAAUUCAUUGGUAAGGAUGAAACCGAAGCUAGAAUGGAACUCUUAGAAUUGAAGAACCACAAGUUUUUCUGUGGUACUCAAUACCAUCCAGAAUACUUAUCUAAGGUUUUAGAUCCAUCUAGACCAUUCUUAGGUUUGGUUGCUGCUGCCAGUGGUAUCCUUGAUGAAAUCUUGUCAAGAGAUGACUUGAACCAGAAGGGUGAAUUUUAA